AUGUUACUGCGCACAAUCAUUCGAGGUCUUCUCCUAUUGUGCCUUGUCAGGAUGACCAAGGAGACAAAACUUAUCGUCAUGGUAACUUCAUCAACGAUGAUGAUUGAAAAUGGAUAUCUACUUGUGAAACCCCUAAAUGAGAUCGUGUUCCUGGGAUUCGGAAACAACUUAAAUAAUGUGACUGCCAUAUCUUUCAGCACACAGAAUGCAGAUGAUGGGGUAGAAUGCGAUGAUGAUCGCGUGACUGGUUAUGUAAAGGUAUACGCCAAGGAAUCGGAAAAGGUUUCGUUCAAUGUUCGAUUCUCCAAAGUUAUUUCGUCUGAAACGAAGCUUUAUAUUUGUCUGAGCGAACAAAAUACCAACGAAGUACUAAAAUGGAGACAUGCAAAACUUUUAUUCCCAAAGGGGCUUAUUCUGCGGUAUAGCUACAUGGACGUUCCGUUCUACGCCAGUAUUCUUGUGAUGAUAAUUAUGCUAUUGCUUUCCGCUUGUUUCAGUGGCCUCCAUAUUGGAUUGUUAAAACUAGACAAGGUAAUGUUACAGGUAGUAAAAACUGCCGGUUCCACUAAGGAAAAGCUGUACGCUACCGUAAUUUUACCGAUAAGGGAAAAUGGAAAUCGACUUUUAUGUACACUUUUGUUAUCGAAUGUAGCAGUCAACGUCGUAUUUUCAAUAUUGGCCGACAAAGUUAUCGGUACAGGACUGGUAGCGGUGAUUACAGCAACAUUUACGUUACUUAUAUUUGCAGAGAUCUUGCCACAGUCUUUGUGUACUAACUACGGGCUGCUAAUUGGAGCUAAAACAGUAUUUCUUACGCAGAUGCUCCUUAUACUAACUGCCCCAGUUUCAUAUCCCUUAGGAUAUUUACUUGACAAGAUUUUUGGCGAAGAAAUUGGCCAGGUUUAUAAUCGAGAGAAGCUCAAAGCUUUAAUUUUAGCCCAGAAGUCCUAUGGUUGUGUGGGAGAGGAGGAGGUGAACAUAAUUACUGGGGCAUUAUCGAUGAGCACAAAAACGGCCAAAGAUAUAAUGACGCCAAUUGACCAUGUUUAUAUGCUUCCGUACAACUCAGUUCUAGACUUUCAGACUACCAAUGACAUCAUCACGCACGGAUUUACACGAAUUCCUGUCUACAGUGGAAGCAGGGGCAACAUUUGUACUGUUCUAAACGUAAAAGAUUUGGCAUUCGUUGAUCCUAACGACAAGAUACCGAUUGCAACCGUCUGCAAAUUUUAUAACCGUACUUUUGCCGAAAUCAGCGAAAACACACCUUUAUCUGAUAUCUUGAGGAUAUUUAAAAAAGGUAAAUACAAGUUUUCUGUCAUAACCGAAAAAAGCUUAUACGAAUAUCUCCUCAGGUAUAUAUUCUGUUGGAAGGAUUUGAUAAUCAUGGUAUAA